CCAAGACUGAAAUUGCGCGUAUGACGAGACGGUGAACUCAAUUUUUCCAAAUGACGCCAACAUCCAACAAAUACAAAUCUGUCCCUUUCUUUUCACUUUUGAUCACAUCUGAUGCACCACUCACACACUACUUACGUGUGUUAAAUUCUCAAUUUCUUUCCCUCUCUCUCUCUGUUCAAUCAACCUAACUUACUUACAAUGGCUGAUUGGGGACCAGUGUUAAUAGCGGUGGUGUUGUUCGUGCUGUUAUCGCCGGGGCUGUUGUUUCAGUUACCCGGCCGUGGAAAAGUGGUGGAGUUCGGCGGGAUGCAAACGAGCGGCGCUGCUAUUUUGGUACAUUCCAUCAUUUACUUUGGGCUCAUCACUAUCUUACUUAUUGCCGUCGGCGUCCAUGUCUAUGCCGGUUAAAGUAUUACCAGAAAUCAAACUUGGAUCUCUACUUUCUGUUUGUUGCUCUUUUAAUCAUGUUGUACUACUUUUUGUUUGGUUUACUAAUUGUUAAAUACAGGGGCGGAUUGUUGCUUUUCUA